AUGCUGCCCUCGAGCAAGCUCGGUGGCAACACGGCCGUGGACACGUACUCCUCGACCUCGAUCACCGACGGCGACGUGGUCACGGUGGUGUACGACGCGGACGGGGGCGUCUUGACGUUCUUCGUCAACGGGACUAGCCUCGGGCAGGCCUACUCCGGUCUGUCGGGCCCCAACGUAGCCGCGAUCGCCGUCAACGCGGCGGGCGCCCAGUGGGAGUGCGUCGAUUGCUAGCAGGGAUGGAGGGUGUACUC